AUGAUCAACAACAACAUCAUCGUUUUUCUUACCCUUUCUUUAAUAUGUGUGAAUAUUGGUAAUACCUAUUCAAUCAAGAAUCGUGAAGGUCAGAUGGACACUGAUAAACAUCAUGUAUUCAAAGAUUCUUUACCUCACUAUGGUCAACAUUUGAUGAUGAGAAAACUGAUCGAUGCUAUCGAUACGGAUUCGGAUUUGCUAGAGGAAGAUCAAAACUUUGAUUCAAUGAACUUCGAUCGAGAAAAACGUUUUUGGCUUUUCGCAAAGAAUGAUGAAAACGACAAGAGUGCCGAUGAGACAUCUGCUUCGUCUAAACAAUACAAUUCUUUAUCUCAAGGUUUAUGGCGAUCGGGCAUUGUUGGACGACGACGUUAA